AUGAAGUUGACGUCAUUUCUUUGCGCACACUUCAUCCCUUACAAACGGAUACCUGGAUCAUUAUGGGCUGGAAAGCAACGUAAAAUACCUCGCCUUACAGCUUCUCGAAAGAUGGCUUUCAUGAAUGAAAUGCUCGUAACACAACAGAAUGAACGUUAUCUAUCGAAACCCUAUAUUACUCCCGAGGCGGAAGCAAUGACACUUCCUGAAGACCAAGCAAAGGCACUCGCUAUUGAAAAUGAGGUGUUUUACAAAAUUUAUGAAGAAAAGUUCCGAAAACGUUUCCCCGACCGAAAACUUGACGAUUUCUUCCUUGCUUUGAAUAGGAAUAAAAAGUUUAGUGUAUAG